AUGGAAGACCUCAAACAACUCGAGCCGACCCUACCGCAUUACCGUGAGAACCCAAAACCUCCAAUCCCCGAGAAAAAGCCUAUCGAAGCUGCUACAGUCAGCCCCUACCUGGACGAUAUGAAGCCCACUCAUCGUUCGCCUCUCAAGAGCCAUCGAAGUGCCAAUACAGAGCCUACAAGUCCGUCUCUUAGCUUGGGGCCUGACACGAUGGGGUCCUCAAAGACCGAACUUCCUGCUCCUGAAUAUGUUUCUCGGAGCAAAGGACCAAGAAGCACUUCCUCUCAAACGUCCCAGUCGAGAGCUCAUUCCAACGAGAGCAAUGGCGGUUCGAGCCAAGAGACGCGGUUGUACCGCGAGAUAGAUGGGCUUCGCCAGAAGCUCAAAUCCUCAACAGCGCGGGCGGAGAUCGCGGAAGAAAAGACGGCCAGAAUAGAGAAAAGAAUACAAGAGCUCAAAACCACAAAAGCCUCAGGGCUGAGCGAAACAGAGAGGGAAAUAGAGUCUCUUGCUUGCACCCUCAGUGAGCUCAAGGUAGAGAACUCGGCACUCAAAGAGCAACUCAGAGAUGCCCAGUCGCAUAUCUUUAGCCUGCAACCUUAUCGCAAGGAGUUCACGCCCGAGGAAAUCGGCAGCCAAUACGAUGAUCUGAUCGAGGGAAUCUCAGACUGGGUCGCAAAGUUCAUGGCUCCCCUUUUGGACAACCAUACUAAAGCUGUGGAGGAGACCAUUGCUGUUGCACGGAAGAAACCCACCGAUGCCAAUAAGUUAAAGCACAUGAUCCACACAUUCCCCGACCUGGUACAUGGCACCAUGUACCCAGAGACGGACGAGGACAUUAUUAUUUCAAUCAUCAUGAGGUUCCUCUAUGAUAACAUCUUUCAAAAGACUCUAUAUGGGUCCAUUGCGCAUUACGUAGAAGUCCUUAGCUUUGUUGAGACUUCGUUGCAAAACCACGUCGAUCCCAAGCGAGAUCUUUUUGCCAUCCGCACCUGGACUGCUGAGGCCUACAACGCCAUUAUUAGUUCUCGAGAGUUCAAAGGCGUCCGGGAACAGAAGCUGCGAGAGCUAACCAUGGAGCUCGCCGGAAUUUUCAAAAUCUUUUGCAAGAAGGACAGAAUCGAUGAUUUUCGCAAAAGCUUUGAGCAACACUGUAUCAAGCCUGCUAUGCAGCUUUACGAAAAGAUACAGGUGUCAACACAUCAUUUCUACUUCGAUAUUAACCCUUACAUGGUAUGGGGGCCUAACGGUGACUUCCAGCCGUCGAGGGACUUUUUCGAUGACUUGCACAAUCUAGAUUGCAAGAACAUACUCCAUAAUCGCAAAGCAUUCAACUUAUCCAAGAUGGAUCCUCCGCCAUCCGAAAAAGAACUUUUCCAUCGAUUGCUCAACGUUUGCACACUGACCCCUGCACUUUACAUGCGGCAGAUCGGUCGAAAGGACGUUAUCAAGGAGCCGCAACUUGUGCGCCGUCAAGAGAUGCUGGUGGCAUGGGGUCCGCAAGAGAAGCGGGAGGCGUUUAUGGAAAAUGGCGACCAGACCCUGCUCAGCCACCUUUACGCUGCCAAGUAUGAGCGCGAGAGGGCGGAGGCUGGCGGAUGGGCUACGUUCCGUUGGGGAGGCUAG